CGUAAUAGCAAACCAUUCUCUCUGGUCAUUUUCCUCUCUCUCUAAACAUCUCAAGUCUCUCGGUUUCGCAAAUUAGGGUUUCAAAUUCUCUUUCGGACUUCUAAUUUUUGAAUUUUGUGUUCAGAUUUUUGAAAUUUUCGGCUCGCAACAAUGACGGGACGUGGAAAGGGAGGCAAGGGACUGGGCAAGGGAGGAGCGAAGCGUCACCGUAAGGUCCUCCGCGACAACAUCCAGGGCAUCACCAAGCCGGCGAUUCGGCGCCUGGCUCGCAGAGGCGGCGUGAAGCGAAUCAGCGGCCUGAUCUACGAGGAGACCCGUGGCGUCCUCAAGAUCUUUCUCGAGAACGUGAUUCGGGACGCCGUUACCUACACGGAGCACGCCAGGAGGAAGACGGUGACGGCGAUGGACGUUGUUUACGCUCUCAAGAGGCAGGGCAGGACUCUGUACGGGUUUGGGGGUUAGGGUUCUGGUGGGGAAAAGUCUUGCUGUCAAGAAAGGACUGGUGAUUUGGUGUUUGUAUUGUUAGGGCUUAGGUUUCGAUGGCUGAUGCUGUAAUUAGUGUCGUAGUUAGUGGGUUUUUUCAAUGUCGGUUCAAUCUCAAAGUUGCAAUUUGUAAUUUGCUCUCUGGAUUCUAAUUUCUGAAGAAAUUAAUAGAGUUUGGUGUUGGUAUCUGCAAA